AUGAGGCAGAUAAUGGCAGCAUUUCAUCAUGUUCUUUGCUUCCUAUCACUUAGCUUCUUGCUUGCUUGUGUUAAUGCCGCCGGGAAACCAAAUGGUUUGACCAUGGAACUUGUCCACGUUGACUCGCCGGCAUCGCCUCUCUAUCCUGGCAACAUUUCUUAUGAAGAAGAAAUUCAAAGACUCGUACACCGAUCCAAUGCCCGAGCUCAAUACCUACGCACCUUGGCAUCUGUUUCCCUCAACAACCAUAACAAUAUGUCACAAACUAUAAACCCUCUUGAUAUUCGUCCGAAACUCGAAUUUUAUCCUUUUGGCUCUUACCUUGUACAAGUUGGCAUCGGGACUUUUGAUGCACCUUUCCCGGCAAGGCCGUUCAAAACACUCUACUUGUACAUUGACACUGGAAGCAGCCUCUUAUGGGUGCUGUGUGAGGAUUGUAAAAAGCCUGGAAACCAAUGCUUUCAAACCAGGGAACCCCCUUUCCCUAACAGCCAGUCCAAAUCUUAUAUCCCUCUCUGUUGCAAUCAGCACCCCUUUUGCAAGCCAAACGAAUGCGUCGGUCCUUACUGCUCCCAGCACAUUGAGUACGCGGGCGGCCACGUUGUCAAUUCCAUUCUUUCAGGCAUGAUCAUUUAUUCUAAAAAAAUUGAAAAUUUCAACUUGUUGUCAAGCAGUGGGCAGCCGCAGCCGGUUCCAGGCGUAGUGUUUGGUUGUGCUUAUGACACCAGAAGAAUGGAUUUUGGUAGGCAGGAAGACUUCAAGGUUUCCGGACUAUUGGGUUUGGGAUAUGCUCCCAGUUCCUUUCCAGUGCAACAAAACUAUCUUACUGGUGGAGUAUUCUCACACUGCCUAACACGCCGAAGAGAUGUUCAAACAUUUCUCAGAUUUGGUAGAGACAUCCCCACACCACCAGGCGGUCUGCGUGUCACGAGAUUAGUGCUUUUCAAAGAAGUACCAUUAUACUACGUGAAUCUGUUGGGCAUAAGUGUGCAUGGACAGAAGCUUCUCAUAGAUCCGUUGGUGUUUGCUAUACGAAAUCAGGGCACAGCAGGAGGGUGUAUCAUGGACAAUGGUUCCUCAUUUACUUUUCUCAUCACGCCUGCUUUUCAGGCUCUGGUUCAGUUUCUGGAGAUGUAUUUUAUGCGCUAUCCUAGCUUAUUUAAGUCUCCUGGUCCUCGUUCACCCUCGUUUGAACUUUGCUAUAAAUGGUCGACGCCGCCGCCAGUAGAGGUGCAGCUGCCAACAUUGACAUUUCACUUUGAAAAUGCUGACCUUGAGGUAAAGCCGCCGGAGGCAUUCAUAACGGCGAAGAUUGAUGCGCAGGGGAAUGAGGCUUUGUGUUUGGCGUUCCUGCGAGACGAUGAGCGUACUCUCUUUGGAUCAUUCCAGCAAUCGAAUUACAGAUUCAUAUAUGACCUUAACAGGUGGCAGUUGAAGUUUGCUCCUGAGGAUUGUGCUAAGAAUUCUUAA